CAUUUAUUUUUGACAUUAGACAUCGCUUUUCAAUGGAGAUGAGCAGUGCUAAUAACAUGUAGAGAGCUUUCAAAGCUUUGGUCACACUAAUCGAAAACAAAUUCAAAAAUCAAGUGUUUCUUUGAUCCAGGCACCGUUGUACGUCGUCCGAAAAAAAAUGAAUGACUCGAGCUUCAUUGAACUCGUCGUGAAACAAACGUGUCGACGUUCCUCGUACGAUUCGGAGAUGGGUUCACGCCAAUCCACCGAGGAUUCAUCCAGCAUUUACUCGUUAGACUUCCUGAAAAAACUGUACGACAAACCCCGCGACAACCUGCACAAAAUCCUGAAGAUACCCGAGCCCGGUUUCAAUGGAGUUGGUGUUAAAUUCGGUAACGGGGUGAGCGUAGAUAUGAAUAGAGCCGAGAAAGAGACUUUCCUGGAGUUUCUUAACAAGGUUAAAGAGCUGGCACCUCCCAAGUCGAAAUACUGGCUUGAUGUGCAGCAUUACGUUUAUUAUGUUUAUAGGAAGUUUGCCACUGAUAAUCCAGAUUCUAACAGUGAAAUCAUACCAGAUGAAUUCACUACUGAAUUAAGAAGUUUUAUUAAGUUACUGGUUGAUGAUGAUGAAAGUCAAUUUUUCAUACGGUUAUAUGCUCUGGUUAAGGAGUUCUGUGUAUUUGCUCAAUACAACUUUACAAAUGUUUGUAAAAACCCUUCUUUAAAGAUUCUAUUUUAUUACUAUGAAGCCAUGUUGUCUGCUGCAAAGAGUAUAAGUGAAACAUUACCUGAAUUUGAAGCACUGCUAAGGAAGAACUAUUCGAUUUGCUGGAUUGAUUUCAACAAUAGUAUUUUUAUAAACCACUUUUUUGAAGCUGAAGCUGUACAGAAGAAAAUAGAAGAGGAAUUUGGGGCCAAUCCUGAUCCAGAGGUUCAAAAGAUGUACCAAAUUCUACACAAUUUGAAGAAUUUGUGGUCCACCGAGCAGACCAGAUUAACCCAGUUAAUUGAAUCUUCUAUUUUGGAUGUAACAUCAGAAGACUAUGACACAGAAAUGGCAAUGUUCGAGGAGCACCGGAAGCUUUUGUCGCAUAACUUCUGGAUAGAUCGUCCGAAAGAUUUAAAAGACGGUUUAGAUUUGUCCCGCUUGGACCAUCAGUUGUUCAGGAUUGUGUGGGAUAAAAAGUUUCAAAGUCCACCUUCAAUAAUUGACAGGAACGGACGUUGCAUCUGUGAAGAAUGUCUGAUAGCCAAAUAUCAGUUGCUUUUCGAGGAAGAAAUGUCGGAAGCGUUCGUUUUGAAUGGGGCUAAAACCACCUUUUGUAGGAAGUGUGGAAUACUCGUCAAUUUCGAUUGUUUCAUACCUCACGUAAAAAAUCAUCCGGAGCAUCGAAAACUCUUUGGAAGCGCAAAUCUCUCUAAAAUUAUAUCGGAAAAGCUCGAUUUAGUGAAUAAUAUUAGUGAACAAUUAUCUCUGACUUCGUUGGAGGAGGAAAUUUUAAGGGACAUUGAGAAAACGCCGGUCGUAACACAUAGACAGAUGCCCGAAAUCGAAAAGGCCAAAGUACUCGAGGAAUUCCUGAAACACAGAAAAGACAGCCCCUCAAGUAAAGCGGAAGUACUCAACAAGAACGCUAGGAAUUUUAUCAAAAUUAAAAAGGAUAUUUUUAACAAUGGGACGGGGUUUACGUUUAAACACAGCUCAAGCUCAAUUAAAAAGCCUGACUCGCCACGAGACGACUCCAAGUUGCGGGAGCUGUUGAAGAACGGCAACAUUAACACGCAGGUGUGCUCGAAGGAGGUGCACUGCAAGCACACGUGGAAACACGAGGACGAACCGAAACCGGAGCCGAAGAAGGGAUGCAAGGGUACCUGUGACCACCACAAGGAGUCCAAGAAGUGCGAUUGCACUUACUGCGAAGUUUUCGGCACUGCUGCGUCGUCGCACACCCACAAGAAAAGCGAACUGCGUGACAAGCUGAGGAUACGGUUGCAUCAGCGACGAGAAAAACGUACCAAGGACACGACGUUCAAGUCCACCACAGUGACGCCCACUCCGGCUAAGCCCCAGGUUGUGACGAAGGUGGUGAGUAACAAAGUGGAGGAGCGGGUGCCGCCUCCGACGGCCGGUGUCACCAGCCCAGCGCCCAUCGUCCAAGUUUCAAAUCCAUCUCCCGAUUUGACCAACGACGACAUCCACGGUCUCCUAAACUACAUCGAGGGCAACACGAACAUUGAUAAGCUGGCGAUAGCGCAGAAGAAGGCGGCCAAAAAGGAACGGCAACGGAAGAAGAAGGAGGAGGAGCGGCGGAAGAUCGAGGAGGAGGAGCGUAGGAAGCAGGAGGAGGAGAGACGCAAAGAGGAGGAGAGGAAACGGGCCGAAGAACUAGCCAAGCAACUUGAAGAGAAGGCCAAACAAAAAUCGCUUAACAAUCAAAGUAAGAAAGAAAGGAAACGUAACAGGAAGCUGGCGGAAGCUGCGAAGGCACAAGCUGACGUGCUGGAGGAAACGAUUCCGGCAAUGGUGACGAUAAAGAGGGUGACGGAGAACGGUAACAGUCAACCGACCGUAACGAUAACACUCAAGGGUUCGACUCCGGAUCAGGAUAAAUUGUUGUACACGCUGGUGAACGGAACGGAAACUGAAAGCAAACAAAUACCUCAGCCUGAGACCAACAACAAAAGUGACAAACAACGAAAAACGGAAGCAGCAGCUCCUGCAACAAAGAAGAAGACCAAGAAGAACAAGGUGGAGCCUCCAGUCCAACCUCAACCUAGCAAAAAUACGAACACACCAACGAUUAUAACGAAGGAGUUGAAGGUCACGUUGGCUUUGGAUCCCAGUAACAAAAAGAGCGAGAAUAAGAAGCAAAACAAGGUGAAGAAUGACGUGGUCACUUCUGCGUCGAAACCAGUUAGGUGUAACGAAAAGAAGGAACAAGAAGUCAAUUUGCCAAUGCUGAAACUGCCUCCAGGUAUAACGAUAACGAAAGUAGAAGGUCCGAUUUCGAACCGAACCUACAAAGCAACCAACCUCCAGGACCAACCUCCAAGUUCAACAAUAAACGUUGGAAAGUCGGGAGUGAUCGUCGUGGACACCGAAAAACUUAUCCAACAAAAUUGCUCGUCCGAAGCCCCGGCCAAGAAGAAAAGCAGACGUAAGAAGAAAAAGGCGGCGCCAGAAGCCGUCUCCUCCACGUCCGGCAGUCAAAUGAUAACUCUAAAAAAUCCGAUAUUCCAAAACGUGAACAAACCCCCGGAAACCGAACGUAGCAACAUGAGCAACAACGAAUGCGCACCCGCUGCCAUUUUCACCAGCGAAAACGGCAUGGUCACCAUCCGGAGUUCGAGGCUGCAACAGUCGUUGAACAGUGGCAACGGUCCACCGAACGGGAUCAUAACGUCGAUGCCCAUGCCAAUGCCCGUGUCGUCGGCGCUCUCCGAUUUGAAGCCCAUAAUCGGGAAGGACGUGUCGGGUAAAAAUAAUUUCGUGAAGCCGGUUGAGCCGGCCGCAAAACUGUCGACGUUCAAUGCCCAGGAGAUCCUGUCCGGCUUGCCGGGCAUUGAGAUAACGAAAGUGGACAAACGCUCCAAGAAGCAGGACCAGGACGCCAAUAAGUCGGCGUCGAGCUCUUCGUCCUGCCAGACGGCUCAAGUCUCCAUCAUACCUGCAACGAACGGUGACAACAAGUUCAUUUUGGACAAAGACGAUUGGACGUACGACAGCGUGUUUACGCCAAAGGAUAUUUUAGAUGACAUGGACGCCGAGGAGAGAGAACUGGAAGCAUUCAAACGGUUUUGCCAACAGUCCGUGCCGCCAAAACGAAAAGAAAAAGUCGCUCAUUUAAACGUUAAAGAUAUUGUUUUAAAGAAGAAAAACGAUGCAAGCUGCGUCUAAAAUCCGAUUAAUUUGAGUUUCAGUUUUUCAUUUUUUAUUUUAUAUUAUAAAACUCUUGUGAUAAAUUACGUUGACCACUGAUUUACAUUUUUAUGAUUACAAAUACAAAUGAAAUCAUUA